AACCUCGAUCAUCGCUACCUUGUCUACCUACCCGAGGGAUCUGGCCUUCAACACCCGUGCUUCCAUUGUUACAACCGCUCCUACUUGACGCUACCCUCCUUCCGACACUGGCUCUUCAACUGCACCACGAACAAUCUCGCAUCACACAAUCACCCAUCACAAUGGACUCCGAAUCCGUCAAGAGGGCGCUCCAGAAGCAGGUCCUUCAGGAGGCUAACAUGGCCAAUGCCCGUGUUCUCAUCGAGAAACUCCAGGAGAACUGCUUCGAGAAGUGCGUCCCCAAGCCCGGUACCUCGCUGUCCAGCGGCGAGACGACAUGCAUGACGUCGUGCAUGGAGAAGUACAUGUCGGCAUGGAACCAGGUCAACACGGCCUAUAUCGCCAGGAUACGUCAAGAGUCUGGCAACCAGGCUCUAUCUUCGUAAGAACGAGGCUGCUCGCGCAUCAUCGAAAUCUAACGGCCCCGUGCCGAAUGUACCAUCAAAGCAAUGAACCCGGAUCCGAGUCGCAAAAAGGGUGGGCGCGCCUCCAUUGUGGAAGGCAAAGACCCAGGCCCGGCCGGGAACGAAUGCCUGCGUCAAGAGGCUUCUGCCAGCGCUGCCACAGUAGUAUAGUGUUGGAGGCGGGGGGGCACAUGUACAAUCAACACAUUGGUGGCGCUCUGAUUUCUUGGAGAUGAACUCUUUUUUGUAGAGCUAUAAUCUUAGAUGACACCCCUGAUCCGGGGAAGCCAUCUCUCGGGGUAUC